AAAUAAUGAUGGCAAUGUGUUCCAAGAAGGCCUAUCUGAAAAGAAGGUCUGUUGAUAAUAAAUGUAAAUUUUUAUUCUAAAUUUUAGAUGAUGUAGAUACCAAUAUUUUUUAAGUUAAGUUUGAUUGUUUAAAAGAUAAUGUUGUUAAAAUACAUUAAGGAGAUCCUGUUAUGUGUUAACAAUGUGAGACUGUUCUUAAUAAAUAUUCAAAAAUAGAAGAUGAUGUUUAAAAACAAUAAUUUGGAAAAUAACUUUGGAUAUGUGAAUUCUGCAAUCAUUAAAAUUAUAUUCAAAUGGAAAAAGAAGAAAUACCUACCAAUGAAGAUACUGUUUAUCUUAUUUAAUCUGCUUCAGAAUAAUAAUUGUAAAUAGAAGAUGCUGAUAAUUCAAUUAUAUUUUGUAUUGAUACUAGUGGAUCUAUGUCUAGUACUGUUGAAAUCAAAGGAAAAGUCAAUUUUAAACAUGGAAUAUCUUCUGAAGAAUAUGAAAUGCUUAAAUAAUUUAUUGAACCUGGAGAUGAACAUUAAAUAUGGCCACAAUUUAAUACUAAACAAGUCACUCAUGUGUCUAGAAAAUAAUGUGUUAUAGCAGCUAUUGAAUAAUAAAUUGGAGAAUUAAAGAAGAAAAAUCCAAAUAAAUUAAUUGGAUUAAUCACAUUUAAUAAUGAAGUUGUUGUCUAUGGUGAUGGUUCUGAAAUUCCAAUUACUAUUGCUGGUGAUAGACUCUUUAAAUAAGAUGAAAUAGAAAAUCUUUUAGAAGGAACUGCUAAACAACUUAUGAAAUAUCCAAUUAAAGUUCAAGCUGAGACACUCUUAAAAAAAUUUGAGAAACUCUAAGAAAAAGGUUAAACUGCCUUAGGUCCUGCAUUGAUUUCGGCUUUGUAAUUAGCUAAAAUUGGUAAACCUGGAUCCAUGAUUAUCAUAUGCACAGAUGGAUUAGCCAAUUUAGGAUUGGGAUCUUUAGAAAAUGAUACAAAUAAACAAUUCUAUGAAGAUUUGGGGGUGUUUGCUUCAUAAUUUGGAAUUGUUAUUUCAGUUGUUACAAUAAAAGGAGAAGGAUGCAAAGUUGAUAUUCUAGGAUCCUUAUCAGAAAAAACUAAUGGAACUGUAACCAGAGUUAAACCUGAAGAUAUUGAAAAAGAUUUUGCUAAUAUUUUAAAAGAUGAACUUGUAGGUACAUAAGUUUAGUUAUUUGUAAAUUUGCAUCGUGCUUUAAAGUUUAGAGGAGAAGAGGAUCCUAAUUUGACUAAUAAACUAAAUAGAGUUAUUGGUAAUGCAACUAUAGCUACUACUUAAACAUUUGAAUAUUAAUUAAAAAAUGAUCACGAAUUACAAAAAGAAUAAAUUGAUAUUAAAGAUUUAAAGACUGUUCCAUUUUAAAUCAAAGUUAAUUAUACAAAUUUAUAAGGUGAUAAACUUAUGAGAGUUGUUACUCAAUAAGUCUCAACAACAGAAAAUGUAAAAGAGGCUGAAGAGGAGGCUGAAGUAGAAGUCAUUCAUAAAAGAAUGGCAUAAAGAACUGCCUAAAUAGCAAAGAAAGGAAAUUAUUCAGAGGCAUAGACUUAUAAUUUGUAAUGGGAUGGCUACGUUUAACAAAAUGUUAAUAUUAAUAGUAAUAUUUCGAACUAAGAAAAAAAUUAGACGUUCUAAACCUGUAAUCUAAAAUUGUAAACUGCUGUAUUGAAAUAAGAAUUACGAAAGGACAAAUUAUAAUCUCAACCAUUAAUAACAUAAUAAUAAUAAUAAUAAUAGUAAUAAUAGUAAUAAUAAUAGUAAUAAUAAUAAUAAUAAUAAUAAUAAUAAUAAUAAUAAUAAUAAUAAUAAUAAUAAUAAUAAUAACUUAGUUUUCUUGAUAGAGUAGCAGCAUUUAUAAAAGGAGAUGAUAAAAAAUAAUAAUAAUCAUAACCAUAAUUAUAACCAGCUUAAAUACUAGUUCAAUAAUCUUAAAUACCUGAUGAAAUCAUUGUUGAUUAAAUUCCUUAAAUGAAAAAAAUAAAAAAGCAAGAGAAUGAGAGUCUAAGUUGUUCAGAUGAAGAUGAAGAAAUGGCUGAUCUAUUUUAAUUUGAAUAAGGAAAAUAUUGA